GAGAUCGAUGUAGGCAGCUGUUUCAAAGCGGCUACACUUGCAUUCCGAGCAUGCGUAUUGUGCAUAACAACAUCUUUAAAAAUGGCCGAUCUAAAAUGAAAUGGAAGGUUGUCGUAUUUCUAAUAAUUGGUGGAAAUUUAGCCAUCUGUCUCUCCAAUUAGCUGCUGCAAUCAAAAAGGAAGAUGCUGAGAAAUUUCUUGAAAUAUAUGAUGAAGUCAUGCCAAAGAAUUUGACCACAAUACAGGUUGAUCAAAUCAAAGAAAGGGCUAGAGAAUUAGCUAGACUUACAGAUGAGAACUUUCAUCAAAUAGAAUUGCAGUUACAAAAAAUUGAUUCUGUGGAAUCUAAUCAAACAGUGAAUUCUCUUCCUACAAGUUCUUGUAUUAACAGCAAACUGGCUACACCAGAGUCUACUAAUCUAUCUGGUCAUGUGUGUAUCUCUUCACUGGCAUCUCAUGAUAAAGCAACUCUGGAGGAUCACUGCCAACCAGUAAAUUCCAAAGACUCAUGUGUGCAAUUAGGAUGCAAGCAAUCAUCACUUGAUAUCAAGAAUUCGCUGGAUUUGAAUGCCUGCGGCCGAACCAAACCGGCGGAUAAUCUUAAACCUGGUCCUCAUUUUAUCGCGUCAGAACCAAGUGAAAUUUCGCUUACCGAAGGUUUGGAUAGCAUUGAUGAUGAUGGUCACACGUACAGUAGGAUUUCCUUUGUGAAUCUUAAGGAUGAGCAAUGGUCGCAUAAUCAAAAAGCAAUUAAUUAUACUUCUGAUGAAUCAAGUGAUAGCCUGAAUUUUGGAGAGAGGUCAUUGACCUUAUCAGAUGACUGUUGUGGUUCUAGAUCUGAACUUCCUAGCAAUCAUGAACUGAGUUCUGGAGGGUUGACCACCUCGGCCAGGUUAUUUAUAAGGAAUAUACAUUCUCAGCAAAGUCAAUAUCGUAAGUCCUCUUUCGCAUUGGUUACUGAUGUCAAAAAGAGUCCUCCAAAUACAGAUGUCUGUUCUCAUUUUGACCAAGAAAAUGAUCAGGUGAAACAUUUUUCAGAUAAUAUAAGAAAGAAGAAAAAGAAAAAGAAAAAAGGAAAGGUCACCAAAAUGGAUGACAACACAAAGACUAGUAAAACCAUGGCCACUGAUGUCUCAUCAGGGAUUAUGUUUGAUGUCUUUGCACAGAAUAAUGUAAAGAAAGUGAAGGGCAAGUGUGGUUUAGAAAGAAAUCUUACAUCUUCUGAGCAAUCGCUGAUAAAUGAGCGUGGAUUAAAAAGCGUGCAUAAAAAUGGAAUUGAAAUUGGAAUUGACGUGAAUAAUCUUAAGCCGGAUUCAUCUAUUGGGAACUGUACCACAGACCCAGAUGAGUUGCAAGAAAUUGUUAUUAUGGAUAAUAAGCCCUCAAAGAAUUAUUCCGAAACUAGUAGUUUAUGUACAGAUGAUGUUGGGAAUCGGCAUUUUGGUACAUUUCAACCACCAUUUGAGUACCCCCCAAACACUGACAAGCUAACCAAGACCGCAAUGUCGCUUAUUGAUGAUAAGCAUGGUGGUAGCAAAGAAAUUGAAAUGCAAAUAAUGAACACGUCACUGGAAACCCCGAUCCAGGAAGACCCAAGACGUAAAGUACAAACAAAUUAUUACUCUAGUGGGAAUACUAUGCAAUCAAGCAGAGAUCUCAAAUCCAUCCUUAAAUCAACAAGUAGUGUUUGUGAUGAUAAUGCAAAAGUUCCUGCCACCUCAGUCAAGGAGCGCUCUGAUGAUGUGGAUAUGAAGGUGCUAAGCAACAACCAUCACAUCUUGUCUGAUGAACUACUUGGAGACUCAGAAGGAAGCAAAAGGAAGAAGAAACCAAAAAAGAAAAAGAAAAAAGAUGAAGAUGCUAACCCAGCAGAAGAAGAUGCAACUUUAAGUGAACCAGAGCGCAAACUUAAAUCUGCAUUGGCUCAAAGGAAAGACUUAUCUAUUGAAACUCAUUUGAAAGAUUACAUUAAUGACCAUGAUAAUGAGCCUAACCUGACCGCUGAAGGCAUCCGCAAUAUUGAUAAAUCUUCAAGCAAAAAUUGUCGAACGAAAAAAAAACGCGAGAUAACUCCGACUGUUCCUCCUAGUAUAAUUACGAACCGCACUUCUCAUGGGUAUUCGCAGGGACGUAACCAAAAUAUCAAAAAGAGAUUACAAGAAAAACAUAAUGCAAAAUACCAUGAUAGUGCAAUAGAGAAAAAUUCUGACCAGAAGUCACAACCUAAUGUACCAAUUCUUGGAAUAGGAAAUACUGACAAUAACAAAAGAAAAAAGCCCCCUCUAGAUAGUGGGAAAAAGACAUCUUCCUCAGUUGAAUUUGAUUGGAUAACAGACCCGGAGGCUAUAGAUAUGUUUGGAUUAACAAAGAACAAUGUCAAAGACAAAAAGAUUCAGAAAAAGAGGAAGAAGACUGUUGGUGAUAAUAAAGUUGAAACGUAUGAAGAUGCAACACACAGUGAUAGUGAUGUUAAGGAAUUGAAAUCGAAAGUUAUAAAUGCACAAACAGAUACGCUAAGGAAAUCUGCAAGCUUUGAUAUUGAAGAGAAUGCAUCCUCAUCAGAGGAUGACACUGAUGAAAAUGACUUUCAAGUUGUUGAGUCAAAGAAAAAGAAAGCAGCAAAGAAACGUGUCAUCUUUGAGGAUAAGUCUGCAUCUUUUCCGCGCAAUAUGGUACCAUCAUAUCCAAAGGAAAAGAUGUCUACUUAUUUAGCAUCAAGCAGUUUGAGAAAGUGUAAAAGUGAACCAAAUAAUAUGACUCUUGUACAGGACGAUGCUGAAACUGGUUCCACAAAUUUUAGUGGACCAGGCAACAGCAGUGGAAGUCAAUCUUCCGCCUCCUCUAUCAGUACUGAUCCUCCAAGUUCCCAAUCAUAUUUAGAAUUGGCAGCAGUACCGCAGCCAACCCCCAACACUGAUCCCAUCCCCCAAUUUGAAUUCUCAUACGCAAGCAAAGUGAAAGGUGCUAGUCCAAAGAGUGAACAAACUUUAAACACUAAAUUGUCAACAGAGGUCAGUCCAAACACAAUUGGUUCUCUUAAAGAUAGUGACAAUAGAAUUGUUGACAUUGAUAGUGUUGCAGAAUUGGCUGGUGAAAUGGCACCUGUACAAUCUACUCAAAAGCCUUCUAACAGUCCAACAAGUUUAUCAUUUGUGGAGGAGUCCAACAACAGUGUUAGUAAUAGUUGUUACAUUUCUGCCCCUGUUGCAGAGAAAAAUGAACAAGAAAAAUGUGACUCAAUUGAAAGAGGAGAUAAAAACAAGGAUUUAUGCAGCAACGUUCUGAUAAAUGGAAUAAACAAAGAGUUGAUUAAUAGUGUAGGAGAAAAGUCUUCCAAAUUGCCUGGCAUUAAUACAGACACUUCAGUUAUUGGUAUCACCUUUGGAUCCAUUGUGUUCCAUAAUGACAAUUCAUUUUCUUUGGAAGAAUAUGAAGAGAACCCUGCACCUGGAAGCCCAGUGGACCAGCUAAUGGCAAGUGCCCAGAACUGUACCUACCCCACUGAGCCAUCAACUGUCAUUACCUGUACUGCUCUUGAGAAUUCGUUAGUGCGGGAGAACUCUGAAGUGUCCAAGGAAAAGUUAACAGGGGAUGCGAUCAUGGUAAAUAGCAUUGGUUCUUUCAACCACUUUACCAUCGCAAAAUUCCUUCAGAAAGAAUGGGAAAAGGUUUUAGAACAUGAAACUGCUAAUCCUGGAUGUGUCGUGUAUUUGGAGUAAUCACUGAUCAAGUCCACAUCAAGUGCCUAUUAUUGAAACUGAUUGCAGCUACUUCCUCUCUUUGUCUAAUCCCAUCAUUCCCCUGCCUCCUAUGGAGGAAAUGCACUGAGCAGUAAAGAGUCCUAUAACUACAGGUGUAACUUGGGAGUUACUUUAGAAAGCUAGCUGUAUGUCGCUUUGUUUACAUAAAUUCUAUUUACAAAACUAGUAUGGUCAGUUGGACCACCUAUGUAGAGAGUAGUAAAUUAAAGUUGUAUGAUUGAGGGUUUUUUUUCUAUUUGAUACAAAAACAAUUGGUUGUUAAGAACCAGAGUAAGAAGUUUCUACAAUAUUGUUAAAAGUUUUAGAUAAUUUCUUUCACGAUGUAGUCCUUAUAGCAUUAGACUGAUCAGAAUUACAAGCAUACUUAUCUGUUGACUCUGUCCCACCGGAUAUGCUUAUUAAAAUCAUUUAAAAAGUUAUCCUUGUUUUAUAACCAAAAUAUAUUUAAUUAUUAGUGCAAAAUCAAGGUGCUUGCCUUUAACAAAUUUAACCCAUUUUUAGAUUGCCGCUUCUCUUUUUCAUGUGAUGUAGUAAAGCUUUAUUCACCUAUUCAGAUGCAUUCACACACACUGACCACAUACAUAGCCUGCAUAUAUACACCCUUAAAACCAUUUCACACUGUCACUAUUUUACAAAUACUGUGGUAGCACAUCUAGUAACAAGCUGUAACCAGGUUUGUGUAGUGUGAAACAAACUUAUGUAGAACUUUCAGAGAUAUUGCAGCAUGAUUCAAUACUGUAAACAAAUAGUCCCUUCCAUUAUGCAAAGUUGCUAUUCUUCCGAGAUUUCUGCAUGGUUUUUUGUAUUAUGCGUGUUAAAUGGUAUCUUGGUAGAUCAAACAUGUUCUAAUUCUCAGCAUUUUCUGUCUGUGCGAAAGUGUGUUAGUAUUUCUGCCCCAUAUAUACACAAGUACAGAACAAGAAUGUACAUGCUAACAAUUACAAUUAAGCUGAUUGAAUGUUUGUAUUUUGAUGGUUGAUAGAAUGUUAAAUGCUUGUUCAUUUGUUAAUAAAUGAAUGAAAAACUUCUUAAAACAUGUCAACAUUAACUCUCCUAGCUGACAAUCAAUUUAGGAUAAUGCAUUUCUACGAUUUUCCAUCCUGACUGAUAAUGAUUUGAGUGCCUCCAUUCUUAGGUUCAACGAAAAAAUAAAACUUUUGGAUCAUUUUGAUGCAAGACUUAAAUUUGUCUUGGUGUCAAAAAUUCAAAUUGUAAAAAUGUAUAUUUUGUAAAUGUGACAUGCCCCAGAAAAUGUGAACAAUGGUUCAUUGUGAACAAAAAUUUGUUUACAAUACUCUGUCUUAGGUGUACAGUACUCUAAUUCACAUAAAACUAUUCUGAAAUAAUAGUAUUCCAAAAAAUGUGUCCCAUAAUACUAUCAAUAGCAUAUGAAGUAAUUUUAGAAAUACUAUAGUGUUGGCAAGAAACCAUAGCAUUUGUGUAAUUUAGCCUUCAAAAUUGCUUCACCCUCAUCUAAUUCCCUAUUCAGACUACACUCCGUUGCAAUAUGGUUGGUUAUAAUCCAAAAUUUAUUACUCACAAUCGCAGCCAACAAGCGCAUUCAGACCAAAUCUGACACAAAAAACUUUGGAUGGGAGGUCAGACAGUAUUAGACCUGGUGGCUAGACCUAUGUUGACUGACCUCAGCCAAUAAAGUGCCUCUGGAAUUUGUUGCAAUCAUAUUCCGUGGUAAUAGGCCUGGCAGCAAUAAAGAUUGUGAAUUGUGAUUAGUGCGAAGCAAGUCUGAAUAGGGUAUAAAAGCACUAUCUUGCCAUAGUCUUGGCAGCAUUGUAGUGUGGUGUGGAUUCCUUAAAGCUACGCUUUUAGGAUCAAAUCGAAUGCACUGAAGUUAGUACUCUAGUUAGUAGGUCUGGAAUUUAAACCUCCUUCGUUGGUGCUAAACAAAACUUUAAUAAGUGGAUGUAUAAUUUUAUCAGUUACUGAAUUGCAGCUGCAAAGCUGUUUAGAAUAUUAUAAUUAUGCUAAUUAUUUUUAUCAUCAAAUAGAUUCCAGGCAAACUCAUUGCUGUUGUAGUACUGUAUCACACAUAAAAAAAAAUUGAGCCCAGUUUCAGGUUUCCUUUCACAAUAAUUAUGACAUGAAUUUGUACCAGAGUGGAGCAUUUUGUGUUAAAUGCGAGGGUUUGUACAUACUUCUAGAACAGUACAGCAGUGGAUCCAGAAGAUUUUUUUUUCAAUGAACUCACAUUACAGUGACGUAGUUGCUAGUGCCUACCUAAUGCUAAUUAGUAGCUAACUGUACAAUAGUUACCACACAGGUUGGCAAAGUGCAGUCUGUGGGCUGCAUGCAGCCCGACAGGGAUUUUUUUCACGGCCUAUGAAAGUGAAUUUUAAAACCCUAUGUGUGUGGCCCGCCAAACAUCUUUAGCUAGAAAACACAUUGUUUCUCAUGGCCCGACACCGAUCUUCUGUAAAAAGUGAUAUUAAAACUGAGGAUAAAGGGGUAUAAAAGCAGUGUAUAAAUGUUUUUGGAAGAACACUGGAAACAUCAAAGUUUGGGUGCAGCCCUCAGUGUUAAAUCAACAAUUUUUAUGCCCACACCUGAGUUAACAGAUCUACUACAAUUUUUUUCCCUUUAACUCCAACUGAAGUCCUGGAGAAAAUGAAUUAAUGUAGUUAUUUUGCAUGUAGAAGAACUUAUGAUUUCAAUUCCUUACUGAACGGAUUGUUUUAUAUAAUUUGUAAUUAUAUAUGAACAUAAUUAUUUUCUGUUUUAGAUUUUGACAUGGUAGAUAUUAAGAAAUUUGAACUCUGAAAGCUAUUGAAAUCAAAUGCUACAGAGGAGAGAGAAAAAAAAAUGUACAUACUUCUUCUCAAAAUGUUUUGUAUAUGUAGGCUGGGUUUCUUUUUGUUUGUUGUGCAAUUUAUCACUAAUUAAAAAGUGUAAUUACUAUGAGAUGAAGCCAAAAUAGCCUCAUCGAUUUAAUAAGAAUUCCAAGUUGUCAAAAUGCAGCUCCUGUUUCUGUAGAAAAACCCGAAUUGUGGCGUUUCUAUGGUGUCUAAUUUGGUUCUGGAUGUUUUUACUAAAAUUAAUUUCAGAUAUUAAUAUCAGAAAUCUUGUAGGUAAUAUCUCUACAAGAAAAAUAUUCCCCAUAUUAUUUACAAAUCAUUUUUACUUUUACAUAAAAUAAAGAUAAAAAAAUAACCAAAUUAAAUAUAAAUAAAUGAUUGUUUGUUCUAUAUCAGUUCUAUUUCAAAUUAUAUGUUUGUUUUGUUUAAUGUAGGUGUCUAAAAUUUAUGUUUCGUGUUAUCAAUUAAUAUAUUUCUUAAACCGAAAGCAAUUAAACCAUUGCAAUGUUUAGAUGUACUAGCUACAUUCAAAUAGUAAAAUAUUUCUUUACCAUCAAAGAAAUUGAUUGAUUAGCCCAUGCGUUGCAUCAAAAUAUCUGUAAUUUAUUUUAGUCAUAUCUAACAAUUUGGUAAGUUUUAUUUCCAAUCCUUUCUUCCUCAACAUGGUAUUUUAAUUUGUCAGUUAAGUUGUUGAAACAUUUGUUUAAGAAAUUUGCCAGUGUUCAGCUGCCUGUGGUAGCAAUGUUAUGGCUUAGUUGUUUUUUUUAAUUUUUUUAUUUGUGCACAGUGAAACUUUUUUGGAUAGAAGAGUUAUAUAGUACUGUAGUCUAAGAUGGGUCUUACAAAUUAGAGAAGGGUAAAUGGUACUUUAAUUAAUUAUUAAUCUGACUUCGUUUUGGAAGUUGAUUAAAUUAUGCAGUUAAAGUAUAGAUGUAACUUGUAAGCCCUCGCACAUUUCAUUGGUUAACCAUUUCCAAUCUGUAAGUGUCUGUCCGAGUUUCAGCAUUAGAGACACCUGAUUUAUAUAUUUCCAUCCUUAAUGGUGUUUGUUAAAAUUGGUUCUAUAGGGUAAAAGUGUAACUAGCUUCUAUAGUGUACAAUUUAGUGUACAUUAACCCCUGGCUGCACGGGUCUGAUAAAUUUGUUAUUAAACCAUGACAACGGUACUCCAUUAAAAUUAUGUCAUUGCAAUCUUCAUUUGAAAUUCUCCUGUUUUACCAUUGUUCUUAUUUUAUUCUUAAGGCGUACAUUUUUUUAAAGGAUAAUUAUAAUGGCGCCAACCAAAACAGGGCACAUCUCCCCCUCCUACAACCCCCACCCUACAUUAGCAAAUAAUUAUAUUUUUCAAUUCUUUCUAAAUAACUUUUUUUACUUUAUAAUUUGUAUAAUAUAAGGUAAGGUAAUUAAAUUAAGGUUAUCAAAUUAAUACUUUGGUUCAGUUUCUGAAACGAGUACUAUCAGUACACUACUGUACAUGUAUCAAUAUGUGAAUAAUAUGCAUUAUUAUUAUUGUUAAUUAUCAUCAUCAUUUUGAUAUCUUCACUGGUGCCACAGUGAAUAUAGGUUUAUUUUUAGAAAUUCUUGUGAAAUAAUUGCAUGUGGGUCAUACUAAUGCUAAUUUAAAUGACAUGGUCAUAUUUUUGUUUG